UAUUUUUUCUUGCUUGCUCUUUGUCCCCCUGGAGUAAAAACAUCCCAGUAGGCAAUGAAACAGCCCAACACCAGAGUGUCGGUGCAGCAACAGCAAGCCUCCCUCCUAAUGACCGAAAGCAGCAAAGAUUAAGCGUGUUGUGACUGCUCAUUUCACCCCCAUGUGUGAUCAUCACUCUCCCCGCGACUCGACAGCCUCUUCGGAGUCCUCGCUAAGCCCUCUCCGGUCCUCUCGUUUCCUCGCCAAGUAAUCCCAGAAAACAAAAGCCGUGGCGGCCGCUCAAUGGUCGGAGAAUGGGGGCUGAACGACGGCGGGCAACUGUCAACUUCGUCCACCUCCCCGCCCCGCCCUCCCUCCACCCGCCCCCUGCCGCCUAGCGACAGCCACUGCCGCUGAUUGUAGCGCGGCGACCCGGGGGCGGAAGCAUCAAUCACAGCUCGCGCGUCAUUUCUAUUGGCUGAGAGGGCGCAAUGGCGGCAGGCAAUGUACGAGGGGGCGAGAUUUGUAGGCGUGUCGGUCUCGUCUGAAGACAUUUCACCCAUCGCUGGCGGAGUGAAUCAGUUAUUCGCUGACAACACGCUACUACGGGCUACCGGGCAGGGCGGACUUUUUUUUUUAAAAACACCCCCACCCCUUCCUUCGUCCACCAUUCGCACUCGUGCGCGCGCGCGCUGUCUUAUCUCUUGACACUGUGUGUGAGUGUGGAGGACAGUGUGGCAGUGUGACAGUGAGCCUGGCCGGACUCUCUCGUCCAUGUUCUCGUUUACCAUACGCGCCACUACGACUGUUACUACUGUCACCUGCUUACCUGUGAAGCAUCGAGUGUCGCCAGUGUUGGGUUUUCUCGUGCCAUGGCUGCUACCUUGUUGGGGGACACGCAAGCUUUUGGAGGGACGCCCUUGGCGAUGCUAGCGGCUCAGUGCAGUAAGAUCACCAGCAAGUCACCGCCACCCUUGGCUGAAGCCACGGUCGGUAAAGGUUUUCUCCCGUGGAAAAAGCAUCCAGGCGGAAGCUCAGCAGCGCCAGGGUCAACGUUCCACCUGUCCUCCCAGAGGGCCUCCGCAGCGCUGACGUCACCACUCUCUAUGCAGUCGAACGGUCUAACCGGCCACUACUCGCGAUCUUCUGGCGGCUCGUCCACGGGGUGCCCUACCACCUACAGCAGCAACGAACACUUUCUGUAUCCUACCACCACCACGGCCUCUCAGAACGACUACAACAUCUCGCAGGCUGCCUUCCUGCAGAAGAUGCACGGGGAAAGCUCGGGGCUGGCCGCCAACUCGCCGGCCGGCUUUGGUGGGAUGUACGGGCGGGUGCCGUCUGUGACAGGUCAUUACGAGUCAUGGCCGUUUCCAGGUAUGUCUGCAGCACACCCGCCCGGACCCCAGGGCCUCAAGACGCCUGCGGAGAUGAACGUGGCCAUGAACGGGGCGUCGUCGUGGUGGGAAGUGCAGACGGCAGCUGCGGCCCACAACGUCCACGGCGCCAGCGGCAACUGGCUGACGGAGUCGUCGCCCCUCCACCCGCAGAUCAACGUGUCCAGUUACGCCGAUUACAGCCCCCUCGGCCAUUCUCUGACCUCCAGCCCUGGCGCACUUCUCUCGCAAGGCCACCCGCUGCUGCAGGACACCUACAAGGGCAUCCUCCCCACGCAGCCGGAUCCCCUCUCCGCCUCCUCCGUCAGUCCUUUCUUGCCCCGCCCAGCCCUGGCCAGCCCCCGCUCCUCCCGUAGGUACACAGGUCGCGCCACAUGCGACUGUCCCAACUGCCACGAGGCUGACCUUGGACCAGCGGGAGAGCAUCUUCGGAAGCGCAACAUCCACAGCUGCCACAUUCCUGGUUGCGGCAAAGUGUACAACAAGACCUCUCACCUGAAGGCCCACCUGCGCUGGCACACCGGCGAGAGGCCGUUUGUCUGCAACUCUUUCUGCGGAAAGCGGUUUACGCGCUCGGACGAGCUCCAGCGCCACCUGCGGACUCACACAGGGGAGAAGCGGUUCGCGUGCCCUACGUGCAACAAGCGCUUCAUGCGCUCGGACCAUCUCUCGAAACACGUCAAGACGCACUCGCAAUGCGGCAAGAAGGACAACUCCUCCGGUAGCGAUUCGGAGAACAGCCAGGACAACACCAGCCUCAGCUCCCCUCCCCCCAGUGGGGGUGCAGGCAGUGGGCUGGGAGGUGGCAGCAGGCAGGGACUAUCCGGAAGUCAUGGCGCCAGCUCCCCACCCUUGGUGAAAGAAGAACCAAGAAUACGCUGAGGUAGAUAUGGGUUUCUUUCUUUCGUUUCUUGCAAGGGAUCAAAGGGCGCGGACCUUGACUUCAUCCCAUCAGCUGGGCGAGAUGACCUGCAAAGUACAUUUUAAAAAUGCUCUGCUCUUCACAGAUAACAGUUCUACAUGUUCACCGGAAGUCUCCAUUGAAUUUUGUGUUUAAAAAACUCACAUACACGUCACGUGAGUAUCUUGCUCUUGAUACUUUGCAACUUUGCUCAGACGCCAGCGAAGGACCUAAGAGAUGCACAGAAUAGUGCCUACAGGAUUUUGUGUUUCUUGUGUGACCGGACUCCUCGCCGGGAGAGUUUUCGCCCAGUGGUGAUGCACUGUUGAUGGACUGACUGUCAGACUCAGUACGCAGUGACAAACGUGCUGUUGACAACCUGCUGGGGAUGAGCAGGGGAGAUAAGGGAGGGAGGGCUGCCUGUAGUCAUCUGUUUUGCAAUGUACUUUAAGGGGGUUCUUAUUGGGUUAUUUUGUUCUGCAUGCCUCAUUUUUCGCCGAUCAUGCCACAACGGUGGCGUAGGCUGAUGAACAUGCCGCACGCAAACAUUAUCUUAUCUGGAUGAAGAUGCCCAGAAUAGGAAACCACGGAAGAGGGAUGAUAACAUGGUUUCGGGUUCAUUAUGGAGGGCUACACGAGAAUUUAAAGAUUUUUAUUUCUGAACGCUGCCGUGCUAUCUCUGUCUCCCCAUCCCCUCUCCCCACACCACCCACUUCCUUGCACUCUCGCUCUCACAUUAAAAAUGUCCCUUUAUUGAAGUUUGUAGCGUUUUCUUGAUCAUAUCGACAGGGGACUCUCAUUAAGAGGUGAUGGUAUUGAGUUCAGCUGUGGAAAUCAGAGCUUCCUGAGUCGUGGCCCACAGCCAGACACAGACACAUUGCGUCAUUAACGCCAACACUAGAAGUCAUCAAAGGCCUUUGAAGAAUCCAGUUUUCCUCCCUCAAUCUUUUGUUUCGUUUGCAAGCCACACUGCAGAGGGCGAAGUGAAACAUUCGUGCAUUUCUCGGCAUAAUAUUCAAGAACAUUUCACAUUUUUAAAAACUAAAAAUACUAACAUUUAUGCAUGCUUAGCUCCGUUUAAAGAAUUGUAACCGUGUUCUACAAAUAAUUUUAAUCAACAUUUAAAAAAUGGGGAUUAUUUUCAUUUUUGCGUUAGCAGUGUGUGCACUGUUGCCAUAUGGUAGACACAAUUCCUUUUAAGAGAUUGUUAUUUAUUGAAAUUAAAUAUUUUUAAAAGUAAAAGCAGUUUUGCUUAUGCUUCUGAAGAUAUGAAGAGAUUUUAAUUGUUUAAUUUAAUUGGACGGCGAAAAUCAAAUAAAUCUGAAUAUUAAAAACUUAUAUCGUGUUCUAGAAAGCAUCAAAGUGACGGGAUGUUGGUGUCACUAAAGAAAAAAUAAUUUGAAUAAUGAGAGUGUUUAAACGAUAAUUAAUUAGGACGGUUGGUUGGCAAAAUGCUUUGUUGGGACUGUAGAGAGAUGGUGGUGUGAGGUGAAUAAAUGUCCUGGACGGGACCACUACCCACCCCACUCCCCCACUACCCCCCACUCCGUGUGUACGUCAGCCUGCACGCGACAUCUGCAUUCGUUUGCAUACUCGGUAUGAACUGUAAUGUGUAUGGGGGAUGUGUGGGAGGAGAGUACAGUAUCGUGAACAUUUAUUUAUUAUAUAAAACUAUGAACAUGUCUGAAAAUAAAGAAAAUAAAUCGCCUUCAAAAUAAAUAAAUAAAUAGCCCCUUUACCUUUGAUCUCUUUCUUUCGUUGCAGUAGCUUUAUAAUUUUGUGUUUUUUUUUUUUGGAAUGUACAGUAAAAUGCGGGUACCAACUGCGAAACAUUUAAUUUUCGUUCUGAUAAGCUCUUCCCAGAAUAAUAAAGUGUUACGAAUGUAUGUAAACACUUAAAUAUGGUUUGUCAACCGUGGGACAAGUUUAAACUAUUCAAGUUUUCAUGGCACAGUGUACUUAAACAGGUGAAUAGCAACUAAUUAUAUAGCGAGUGAAUCUGAA